AUGCUUACUCGGUCCAUCCUCUUGGGUGGCAUGGCCGCCAUGAGCGCCCAUGCUCUCCUCGUCAUACCCGAGAUGAACCCUGAAUUCGUGGAGGCCCCUCCAAUCGAUGAUGCACCCAUGAGCAUUCAACCAGUGCCUUCCGAAGAUGUCACCUUCGGGGUGGUUCUUCCUUGCACUGAUUGCCCGUUCCGUGAGGUCGAUGCAGAGGGUGUCGUCAGCUGGACUGAUGGCAAACCAUCCAGCCUGCUUCUUGAAUUCUCCCUCGAAGAUAACCAUUUGCUGGCUAACAACCACCAAAUAUUCCCUCCUGUCCCCCCUCUUCCCAUCAGUGCUGUUCAAUAUGCCGCGGAUGGCCAAAAGUCGGAGCCCGUGCUCGUAGGCUACGCCCUGGAGAUUACGCCACUCCAAGCCCCUUCCGAUGCGCCAGGCACCGACCUACUUGAUGUCCGUUUCACUAUCUUGGACCUGGAAGCCCACCCAGUGCCUGUCGACACCGUCACUAUUACCCUGAUCCAGACACCUUCGGGAGGUGUACUUAUCGCCGACACUAACAUCGAGGAGACCGCACCCCCUCCCGAGAAGUUGUCCUGGAAAAAGUGCAAUGGGAAGGCCAAGUGCCUGCAAGAUCUUGUCUUCCAUCGCAUCCAGGGUCUGCUGCGAUCCGCCAAGGACCGCAUUAUUGGCAUGGGGAAGGCUGGCCGCAAGGGCUGCCAUGGAAAGAACCAGGGCGUCAAGGGUAUGGGCGGCCACCACAAGCACGACGAUGAUGAAGGUCCUAUGGGUCAUCAUCCUCACCAUGGAGAACAUGGAGAAAAAUUGCACCCCGAUUACGACGAGGGCCGUCACCACCACCCUCACCACAUGCACCACCCCCAUGGCGCUUUAGCCCGUACCUUCUCCCGCAUUGUUCGCUUCAUCAUUGUUCCUGGCCUCAUCGGUGGUCUCGCUGGUUUUGCUGCCAGUGUUAUCGGUAUGCUCGUCGGCAAAGCUAUUGUAUUCGUCUGGCAGCGCUACCGUGGCCGUAAGUCCCAAGAGCACAAGGCUGCUUGGGAAGACGGAAACACCUCUGAGAAGCAGGGUCUGAUGACUGAUUCUUCUGAGGAGGACCUCCCUGCGUAUGUAGAGGGUGCAGAGGUCCGCCACUCAGAAGACCACUAA